UUAAUUAAUUAGGUUUAGUCAUGUCGAGCCUGCGGACGUGGGUGCGUCUGGCCAGGAGUCUUCCUCUUCCGCGUCCGAUGGCCGCGGUGCCCUUGCGCUUUAAGUACACGCAACACCAAGGGGUUAAGGGUAUUCGGAACAGGAAGAGCUACUUCGAGGCACAGAUGCAGGCGGGACAAGGAGUCGAUGAGGAAGGUGACAUGGAGCAAAAAGAGCAAUUAACGGCAGAUCCGACAGACAUGCGCUUUUUGGAUGAUCGCGCCUACGACGAAGUAGCUGGUGGAGCUAUGAGGAUCACCCGGGAUACAGCCAGCGCCCAGCAAGUGCUCAUCCUGCAGCCCUACGUUAAAUGGGCAGCCAAGCGCCAAAGCAGCCCCAACAGCGAUGUCCGACCAGAUGAUCAACUUGCCGAGGCAUCCGCAUUAAUUCACUCCCUUCCUAACUGGCAGGUAGCCAUGGCCAUCAAAGUACCAUUGGAAAGUCUCGAGAAGAAGACGCUAUUCGGCAGCGGGAAGCUGGUGGAGCUCAAGGCUCUUGUGGCCGAUUUGCGACAGGAGCGGCAUCUAACCUGCCUUUUUGUUAGCAAAGGAACGUUAUCUUUUGCCCAGAAGCGUUUUCUCGAGGCUGAGUUCCGAUUGCCAGUGAUGGAUCGUUACUCGGUGGUCAUACAAAUCCUAAGGCUGCAUGCCACAAGUGCAGAGGCGAGGCUUCAGGUGGCAAUGGCAGAACUUCCCUAUAUAUGGGCCCAGGCCAAGGAUGCAAGUGUAACUCAGACACGGCGCCAGGGAUAUGCCUUAACUGAUUUGCAAAAGGAGAUUCUGCGGACCCGUGAACGAAAGUUGCGAGCAGAACUAGAUCGUGUGCGCCGGCAAAGGCAGUUGCUACGCCAGAAGCGCAAGCAGCAGAAUUAUCCCAUUGUGGCGGUGGUGGGAUAUACCAAUGCCGGAAAGACUUCGCUGAUCAAGGCUCUAACUGUGGAGGAUGCGUUACAGCCAAGGAAUCAACUAUUCGCCACUCUAGAUGUGACUGCCCAUGCUGGGUGCUUGCCCUGCAACCUGGAAGUCAUCUACAUGGACACCGUGGGCUUUAUGUCUGAUCUGCCCACUGGAUUAUUCGAAUGCUUUGUGGCAACCUUGGAGGAUGCAAUGCUGGCAGACGUAAUUGUCCACGUCCAGGACUUGUCGCACCCAUGCCACGCCGCCCAACGAAGUCAUGUGGAAGCCACGCUGCGCUCUCUGGCCUUCAAUGUGGCUGGCGGAGAUUCCACGGCCAGCCAAUUGCCUCCGAUAAUCGAUGUGUACAACAAAUGUGAUUUGGUACCAUGCAUCCCCGAAGUUGCUCCAGAUGCAGCUGCGGUGCAUCAUAUUUCAGCCCGAUCCCAAACUGGACUGGAACCUCUGCUGGCGGACAUUGAACAGCAGAUAUUAACCGCCACCGGGCGAAGGAAACUGCAGAUGCGAGUUCCCAACGGGGGGCCCGAAAUGGCCUGGCUUUAUAAGAACGCUGCCGUGGUGGAGACCAAAGCGGAUGAGGAGAAUCCAGAGCGCCUGAUGAUGCACGUGGUCAUAAGCCAACGCACCCUGGACCAGUUCAAACGGGAGUUCCUUUGAUAAUCCUUAGCUUAAUAGAUUGUUAAUAAUUAGGUUUCUGACUAAUUUCUUUAUUAUUGCUCUUGUUUUCUUCUGGUUUAGUUACUAGCGAGUGUAGUUAGGAAUGGUUGUUAUUUUCUCUUUAAUUCUUUAUAUAAAUAUAAAAUUUGCUACCACAAAAAUAAAACGAAAAAGGUGUCUAAAAAUAUGUUUAAGCAGAACAUUUUGGUAUUGCACUUUGCGCUGGCCUUUUUGUGCUGGGAAAAAUCUGAUAAUCUGAUCCUUAAGCGGAUCAGAUAUCGGAAUCAACCAUUAUUUUAUUUAACUAAUGGCAAGUCUUGUGGCUCGCCUCGAAACUAUAUACAUGUGUGUAUAUAUUUGUGUGGUGCUGACUCUUGUGUGUAUUGGCACAAUUGAAUAAUUAAAAUUAAAAGCAGCGCCAUUGAAUAUAACCAACUUAAUAGAAAGUAAAAUGAAAUACAAACUUAACACCAAUUAAAAUUAACAAAUGCUUAACCCAAAAACAGCUUAAAUCUAACAUUAAAAUAAUGCCAACCGUAGCAUUAUUCAAAAAGCAUAAUAAAGAUAUUCCUAAAUAAUUUUAAGAAAAGGUCACCGCUGAAUAU